AAUCAAAUGCCGCUUUUAAUCGAAACGGACGAGUCGCGUCGGAUCGCAUCGCAGCGCAUUAAAUUGCGCGCUUGUGUUGUGCAGUGUAAUCGUCUAUUAGUCUGACGCUUUUGCGAUCGAAUACAUUACCGCGUUUGUGCUUCAUGUUAUUAGAGGACAGCAUGAGGAGCAGUUUCGCUUGUCUUUGUAUUUUUCAACACUGGAAUUAUCGGUCAACCGCCUCACCACUAUCGAUAAUUUGCGAAAAAACAAAAUAAAUAGAAAAGAAACAUGCCCGCCGAUCAAAUUCAAUAUUCUGAGAAGUAUUUCGAUGACAAAUUUGAGUACAGGCAUGUUAUCCUACCGCCCGAUUUGGCCAAACACGUACCCAAGUCCCACCUGAUGACGGAGACCGAAUGGCGCAAUUUGGGUGUCCAGCAAAGUCCCGGUUGGGUGCACUACAUGAUGCAUGCCCCAGAGCCACACGUUAUCCUAUUUCGCCGCAAGCGUCAGGAUGAGGAGGAAACACCAACGUUGCAAACGACCAGCACUACAAACAAUGUUAACGUAUGCGCUUAGUUCAAACAAAAACAGUUCGUUAUAGACAGUAUUUGAUAAGAUUGAGAUUUAGCCAUCAGUUACCUUGAUGUAAAAUAGAUUUACACUAACAUAUAUGAUGAUAUAUUGGUAGCCCUUAGCACUUGCAUUUAAAAUAGUUCUCAUAAUGUUUUAUUACCUUAAAAUAAAUGUAAAACAUAUGUACGCCAAA